AAGUUGAAAGGGAGUUUCCUGUGAGCUCGGCUUCCUCAACAUGGCAGCGCCCUUGUCAGUGGAGGUGGAGUUCGGAGGCGGCGCAGAACUCCUUUUCGACGGCGUAAAGAAACAUCAGGUCACCUUACCUGGACAGGAGGAGCCCUGGGACAUCCGGAACCUCCUUGUCUGGAUCAAGAAGAAUUUGCUAAAAGAGCGGCCAGAAUUGUUCAUCCAGGGAGACAGCGUGCGGCCAGGAAUUCUGGUGCUGGUUAACGAUGCGGACUGGGAACUGCUGGGCGAGCUGGACUACCAGCUGCAGGACCAGGACAGCAUCCUCUUCAUAUCCACGCUGCAUGGCGGCUGAGGGCCCCGCUCUGGGCCCGGGUUCCCUUGGCGUGGGGAGAAGAGCAAAAUCAGACAUCCCCUGGGGCCCUGCUUCCAGGUCUCCCUGUCCCCCUUGGCUGCUUUCUUCCCUGCUCUGUCCCCCGAGCUCCCUCCAGGCAGGGAAAAGAGGCCAGGUGCUAAAAAUGAGCCUUUCUCAGGCACGUGAGUGGGGGCAGGCAGGCUCAGCCCUGCCUCCCUCCCCAGCAGCUGAGGUGGGGGAGGGUGCCCCUCUGCUUUGUCACAACAGGAGGGGGCUCCCUGGCCAGGUGACCCAGCUGCCUUCCAUUCCUUGUGUCUCAGUCUAAACAUCGAGUGACCACUGACGAGGCACUCCAGCUCCCGGGCUGUAGUGUCUUCGUGGGGAAGAUGAAUGGACAGGAAUAGCUGAUAGGAAGCCCCUCCCUUCUCCAAGAUGGGAGGAGUCUCUGCCUCAGUUUCCCCAUCUAGACAGCAGAGGGCUCUGGCUGUCCCCCACUGAUACCAUUAUGGAACCCCAGCUGGGGUCCCCUAUUCAGUGCUGACUCCCCCCUCCCAGCAGCUGCUCUUCCAACCACACCCUCCUCCUGCUCCCCCAUCCCCAGCCCUUGACCCUGGCUGGCCUUCCCCCCCACAGGCCACCAGAUGGGCUCCUAAGACCCUCCCCCAGCAAAAGGCUGCCUGCAGCUCAUUCUGGAGAGAGAGAAAGAGGAGCAGGCAAAAGCUUGGACUGGCACAUAGAGGCCUGGGAUGUCAGAGUGCCUCAGUUUCCUCCUCAACAGCAACUGAAUGUUUAUAAGUAUCUGAAAGCAGGUGUGAUCCUUGAUGGCACAAAUGUAGACUUUAUCUCCUUUCCCACCUCCUGCAGGAAGAAGGGUGGGGGCAGGCAGCACCUGGUAGGCAGGAUGGUUUGCCCCUCCUCCCUUCAUCCCUUCUGGAAGUCUUGGGGCCUCAUUGCCUGCAACAGCUGGCCUUGGGCAAAUAAAAGACUAGGGUGUUUACUAGCUUUGCCUGGAGCUUCAUCCUUAGAAACCAGUGGCACUCCAUAUCCCCCCAGCGGUGGUCCCUGGUCCAACCUCUCUGCCCUUAGCCUAGGACUUUCAGAGCUGCCCUUCACCCAAAAAGAGGGCAGGGGUUCAAACCCAGACUACACAGACUGUCUGGGAGAGAAUGGUCUGAUAGGGCCAUCUGGAGAAGGGGAUGGCAGAGCCUGUCUGUGCUGCCCAGUCUGGGUCCCAGGACACUUCUCUACUUGUCCAAGGCCAGGCUUUGUCCCACCAGCUGCAGCCCGCAGCCCCAGAAACCAGAAUGGGGGUGUCAUGUCAAACUGCUGAACCUCCCUUCCCAUGACCUGGAGAAGAAGCUUCGCUGGGGAAAAAACCUCAAAAAAAAAAAAAAAAAAUUAGGGCAUUAACAUCAUCCCACCCAAAACAUUGUUUUUCAUUAAAUGUCAAUAAUUUAAGGUAGAACCUCUCUCCUGUGGAGAUGAAAGUGCCAAAUGGUUGUCUCAGCAGUGUUGGGGGUGGAGGGGAUGUGUAUGCACAUCAUUCUCAAGGCCUAGAGGACACACGACCCCUGGCUUCUGGGCUUCUCUCCAGCAAUCUACGGGUAGAGACCCUCUGGGUAUGUGUAGGUGGGGGCCAGCCAUGUUGGGGUUAUGGGUAGGAGCUGGUCUGAGUGCAAAUUAAGGCCAAUGUUGGGGUCCAACUGCUGUCUAGAAAGGCUGUUAUGACCAAUGAGAACUAGGUGCUGCGGUUAGGGUCUCCAUGUUAGGGAACGGAGCAAGGGAUUUGAAAUGGCCCCCUACAGUCUCAUUGAUUCCUGUAUCCUGGAGGUUCCUCCUUGCCUCCAGCCCCACUGGAGUGGCCCAUUGUCCCACCUGGGAUUCCAAGUCCUGGAAACAGGACGAUAGAAUUCCUUUCCCGCCUGCACUGGGAAGAGGGAGAGUAGAUUCGGGAUAUCCCUUCUUCCAGGGCACCCCAAUUAAUGCUGAGGAGUAGGGCAGGAGGAUACACUGAGAAAACCAGGUUCUCCCGGGUGGGGGAUACCAGCACCAUCGCUGAAACUGGCCCAAGCCCCGCUCCGCAGCAUUUUGGGUCAUUUUCAGUCCCCAGCGGAAUGGGGGUCAGGAACAGGUGACCUGGGCUCAGACCCAGCAACACCCAGCUGCCCCCCCCACAACUCCUGAACCCCCACUUUUGAGGAAAUAAACGAAUAAGUAA